GCCAUGGGGCUCAAUGGAAGACAGUCCCCACUUCUGAUCUCACUCUGGCUGCUGGUGACUUCUGUCCAUCCCGGGACUGGUCUGGAGAACAGCCAUUAUGUUCCCCAACUCUCCAGAGCUGCCCUGGAGGGAAAGCUCACACAGUCUACCUUCACAUUGGAGCAGCCCCAAGGGCUAUUUGAUAAUCUCAACAUCUCUGACUCUGACCCCAUCCAGUUGGUGGUGGCUCACAGCAAUGCCACCCAGAACUUUGCUGCCCCACAGAAGAUAGAUGAUAAAUAUGCUCCUGCCAGCUUCACCCAGAAUGGUUACUACCUGACGCUCAGGACCAGCCGGGUACAUUACCAGGGUGGUCGGCCUGGUAAACAGCUCCAAGUCCUCCAUGUUGGCAAUGACACCAGCUUCUCCCUGAAGUCCAAGGGCUGCAACUCCCCUCUGCCAGGCUCUGGCCCCUACAGAGUGAAGUUCCUGGUGAUGGGUGCCAAGGGACCCAUGGCUGAGACAGAGUGGUCAAAGGAAGGUAUGGGGACAGAAGAGCAGACAUUCCGUGCUGUCCCUGGGUCCCAGAGCGAGGGUAUUGUGGCCAUCAUUGCGUUCCUGUCAAUCCUGCUGGCUGUCCUGCUGGCAUCCUUCCUUAUCUUGGUUCUGUCCUCUGGCUGCAGGAGCACUUCCGUUUCCAGCUCAGUGGAGCAGGUGCGCAUGAGGUAG